CAUUAUCUUAAAUUUUAUAAAAAUUUAAAUUGCACAAGGUACUAAAAUGAACAGAGUCUAGAAAUAAAUUUUUAAAUAAAUUAGAAAUUUAGUAUAGGCGGUUACGCGAAAAUAUUUGUCAUGGGAUUUUACCUUAAGGUGCGUUGCGAUAGCAACAAUACCUCAAGAUUAUUUUCAAGAGAACCACUGGCGUUCAUUUUUGAUUGGUUGGAUUAUUCUGUUUCAUACAAGAUCCUUUCUUUCUAAUUGAACUUUUCUAUGUUUUCUAUAAUUUUCUUUUCUUUUGUUUAAAAAAUUUGGAACAUAAAGUUAUCUUAUUUACAAUUCAGAAGACAGAAAAGUUUAAAUAUGAGAAAUAGAUAAAAGCAUUUUUCUAGAUUUUCGAACAAUCACUUCUUCCUCCAUCUAUGAAUGUUCAAUGAAAUACGCAUGAAAGAUUGUAUGGUACGAUUAGGUUUAAAAGGUUUCAUACACAUUAUAUUUGUGAAAAAUAAUAAAGAAAUGUGGAGAAACUGCGCAAAUGUUUCAUAAGUAGUAUAAGUAAGUGGCAUGUGAAAAAAAAGUGCAUGGAGUAGAGAAAGAGGUACGGGACAGCCCGACUUGUUCUAAGGUGGUCCAAGUCAGUCCACCACCAAACAAAACAUGGACGCCGUAGAAAUAAAUACGUCGGAUCCGCCACAGAGCGAGGACGCGACCGCAUCCGGGAUAUGCCGCGUAUGUUUACUGGACAAUCUAAUAAUGCGCGACCUCUUCUUCGAGAGCGAUGUCGCGUCUCUGUCGACGAAGGCGAUGAGCUUCGCCAACGUUAAGAUGUUACCAGGUGAUGGUCUACCAACACAGGUAUGCUGUGUAUGUGCUGAUAAGCUAGAGUCAGCAUAUGAAUUCAAGUUACAAGUGGAACAGGCUGACAUUGUUUUGAAAGAGAGACUUGUUGGAGGAAUAAUUAAAGAGGAAUUGUUUCUCAAUGAAGUGGAGAUAGAUUUGGAUGAUGAACGGAAUGACAUUGAGGAAGAAACAGUUGACAGUGAUAAUUAUGAAUCUACUGCUGAUGUUUUGACAGAAGAGUCAAAUACCGACAAGAAUUUUUUGAAAGACAAGUUAAUUUCAUCAGAUGAAAAAUUGACAAAGACAAAAAGAAUGCAACAAAAUCCAGAACAAAGUAAUUCACAAGAAAUUAGUCAAAGCAUUGCGGAAGAAUUGCAGCAAGAAUUAUCUAAGACAGAGGACAGUGGCAUGUCAAGUACGAUUAACGAAUCUAGGGAUCAAGAACUUUUCAUGGAGAAAAAUACUCCAAGUUGUCCAGACAUGAUUCCAACAGAGGAACACAAUUAUAUUAUGCAGCAACAAUGUAUAUUGUCCGCUGAACAAUUACCUUUGCAGGAAAAAACGCAAGAGAACGUGCCACAAAUUGAAAGUGAAGAAAAUCAAACUGAGGAAAACCAGGACAUUCAAGUUGAGCUAGAUCAAAAGUAUGAAAUUGAGCAAACUCAAGACGAUGGAAUUGAGGAAAGUGAAGAAAUUCAGGCUGAACAAGUGGAACAGCUGGAAAAUCGAGUUGAGGAAAUUGAAGAGAACAAAGUUGAGCUAGUUCAAGAGAAUGAAGUUGAGCAAAAUCAAAAUGAUGAGAAAUCUCCCUUGGAAGAAACGGCCAACGCUGACGUAAACGAGCCAGCGAUGGAACAAGAUUCAUCUCAGAACGAAACUAGAAGGAGUAAACGCAGAUCAACUCGCCGGACAUUCGCCGAACGGGAUUCCGACGAGGCGAGCUAUUUUGAAAACCUGAAUCUCAGUUCCCGUAUGAAGAAAGUACAGGCGGACAAGACUGAGAAGAUCUUCUUUAUGUGUUACUUGUGCGACAAACAGUUCCUGUCGAAGAGCAUUCUGAAGGAGCAUAUGCACUCUCACGAGGAAGUGAGAAAAACACUGUCCCUGCAGAAAACACCAGAGAAGCCGCAAAAGGUACAGAUCAGCGUCUCCGUCGCGAAGACGCCGUCAUCUGGAAAGAAAGUCAACAAGUGCCCUUAUUGCGGUAAGGAGUAUCUGUACAUAAACUCGUUUAGUAAACACAUUAAGCAACACGAAUUGGAGCAAGAGGAGACGAAAGAGGAGCCGAUGCCUCUCGAAGUAUCAUUCCAAGAGGAUGAGUGCAGUCUGGAUUUCGAUAACGACAAUAACUCGGAUGCGGAAUGCAGGAGGCGAAUAAAGAGGGGAAGUGCGCCCGAUGAAAACGAGGACAACGCGAGCGACGACGAACAGGAUAAGAGAAGGAAGCGGAGUCGCAUCGAGGAGUUUGUGUGCGACAAAUGUCCCGAGAAAUUCUAUUUGAAGCAAGAAUUUCAAAAGCACUCGCUCACGCAUAUUAAUCUUCAGUGCAGCGUGUGUAAAGAGGAGUACAACACUCUGGAACAACUGAAGAAUCACCGAACGAAGCACGUAGUCGAAGGAGUGCUCACCGAGCAGGAUUUAGAGGAGGAUAUGAAGCAGAUGGUGAAGAACGUCGAUAAUAACGAGGAGAACAAAGGCGACAAUGAGGAAGAGAACAACGGAGAAUCCAACGAGAACACCAGCGAAUUGAAGUGUCCGAAGUGUUCGAUGACGUUUGCGCGCAAAAAGUUUCUGUCCAGGCACCUGGAGACGGCACAUUCCGGCAGCUACGACUGCAAGAUAUGCCGUCAGCAGUUUCAGCGGAAGGAUCUCUUACGCAAACAUAUCGAGCAGCAACACGCGCGGAUGAAGACCUACAAGUGUACCCAGUGCAACAAGAUCUUCGGCAACGAAUUCACUCUGAGGAAUCACCUGGUCGCCACAAAUCACAAAACGUUUGUACACGGGAAGGAGUACGAUCCGAACAAGCGCAUAAAGCGCGUGGCCGCGAGAGCGGCGCAGAAGAUCAUCUCGGAUAAGAUCAAGACUGAGCUGCUCGGUCUGGAGAAUUACGACGACGAUGAUACCGAUUACGACGCGAAAAUAGACGGAUCGGGUUACCGUCGCAAGCGCGACGUUACACCAAAGUAUAAUUAUAAGAAAGAUUUGGAAUGCGCGACAUGCAACAAGAGGUACAGCUCGAAGCAGGCGUUGACGAAGCACAUGGAGCUGCACGUGAAAAACGAGAAAGCGGAGAAAGCAGCGGAGGCGGACAAGUCGAAAAAGGCCACUCCGGAAAAGAAAGAUGCGCAGAAGACGAGCGGCGUGGGUGACAACGACGACGACGACGACUCGGACUUCGAGAGCGGCCUCGACUGGCCGAUGGAUAGCCACGAAUGCACCACGUGUAAAAAGCGUUACAGCACAAAGAAGUCGCUGCUGCGGCACCAGCUGCUGCACGAGGAGCCCAACUUCCAGUGCGACAUCUGCAACGUUAAGUUCUACCGCAAGGACAAGCUGAAGGCGCACUACGACAAGUGCUCGGAGAAGAAUCCCGAUCAGGUGCGAAAGUGCAACAUCUGCGGCGACAGUUUCGAGAAUAACGAGAUUCUGCGGGAGCACAGGGCCAAGCACGUUACCGAGGGCAUCCUCACCGAGGAGGAUUUGAAGGACAUCGAGCCGAAGCCGGAAGAGAAAAACGCGGACAAGAAGAUCGGCCGUAAGAGGAGGACCGACAUCAUCGGCCUCGAGUGUACCGAGUGCAACAAGCAGUACACUUCCAGGAAGGGUCUUCUGCGGCAUAUUCAGGUGCACGAGGGCAAGAAGUAUUUGUGCGACAUGUGCCCGAAGAAGUUCUACCGGCGAGAGCAUUUGAAGAUCCAUGUAGCCAAGCACAACAUGCCAAAGGCGUACAAGUGCACCCGCUGCACCAAACGCUUUGUGAAGGAGGAACAGCUGAACAAUCAUCUAUCGAAGCACGACCGCACGUUCAAGAAGAACAAGGAGACUGACAGUUCGAAGAGAUUCCUCUGCGAGAUCUGCAGCAAGAGCUUUACGCAAUCGACGACGCUGAUAGCGCACUUACGCGCCCACAACGGCAUCAAGCCGUACGUAUGCGAAGUGUGCUCCAGACCGUUCACCACGAAUGCUUAUUUGAAGAUGCACAUGCGUACGCAUACUCAAGAACGACCGUACAUCUGCCAUUACUGCUCGCGAGCGUUUGCCCGGGCCGACACUCUAGCGAACCACGUAACAUCGCAUACUGGUGAAGCCAAGUACCACUGCAAGUGUUGCCCGAAGAACUUCCGGCGACUCAAAUCGCUGAAGGAGCACAUGUUCAUCCACACGGGCCAGCGACCCUACGAAUGCCCGACCUGUGACCGGAAGUUCAACAACAACGGCAGCCGCUACGCGCACAGCAAACGCUGCAAGCAGAAUCUCCUACAGAAUCAGAAUCGCGCGCAACAGACGCAGCAGCAACAACAACAGCAGCAGCAGCAGCAGCAGCAGCAGCAACAGCAACAGCAGCAGCAGCAGCAGCAACAGCAACAGCAACAGCAACUUCAACAGCAGACGGUGCUAACGGUCCAGCAACCUCAAGAGUUGCAGCAUCCAAUGCAGAUACAGGUACAGCCGCAAACAGUCACGUUGCCGCCAAACAUCAAGACAAUUGCUAUCGCGAGACCGAUCGAGUCAAUGGUGGCAACGCAACAAGUGAUAGUCCCGCAGCCGCAGGAGAUAUUGAUGCCGCUGAUUUUACCGCUCACUGUCACCCUCACCGACGUCGGCGAGGAGGUGAUACUACCCGAGGGUACGAAGAUAUACACAACUUCCUAAUCGAGCCGAUCUUCUGUUCGAUUAAAGACAUAUUUCUUGCGAUGAUGAUGCAUCUCACACGACAUUGAGAUUACAUCUGCUUGAAGAUGACGAACCGAGCUUUGUUUUCUUAUAGUUUCCCGUGGCACUAGGGUUGUCAGUCCUGCAUUUCAGACACGGGAAAGUCAAAGGCUCGACGUCGAUUGAUAUUGAUAUUACCGUGAAAUCUUUUGCACUGGAUAAGAAGGGUAAUGAUGCUCCGUGUGGGUGUACUGUUAAAUAAUUCGAUGACUGUAUCGAUUUCAGAGAGAGAGCAUCAUUUCAAUUACGUAUAAAAUGUUAUAUCGAAGUUUAUUUUUGCAACGGUGAAGGCGUAUAAGGCGUAUAUGUAUAAUUUAUCUAGAAGUUCCAGAUAUAGAUGUACCUUUUCACGAUAACGCGCAUUAACAGAAAUGAAUAGAGUAAUCGUCUUCAAUGAAAAUUCACGUCUCAGAAGAGAAUAGGAAUUAACAGACGUCUUUGUCAUAAAUGUACAUGUAAUAUAGAUAAUUUCUUUUACGAAACAUAAUAUAAAUAAAAGUAGCUUAAGCACUUAAAGCUUAUUGUUUUAAACAAUG